AUGUCAGACAACACCAAGCGCCCGGAUACCGUUCGCCUGCAGAGGAUUGCCAAAGGUUUCUGGGAGUCAGCCGCAUUAAUGAGUGCCGUAGAACUUGGCGUGUUUACCGCCAUUGCCAACGGCAGCAAUACCAUCGAAUCCGCCGCUGCCGCUUUAAAGAUUGAACCUGUCAACGCUGAACGAUUACUCACCGUUCUGACUGCAAUGGAACUGAUCAUUCGAAACGGUGAACAGUUCAGUAACACCGAGGAUGUCGAUCGCUUUCUGGUUGAAGGGAAACCGACUUACGCGGGUCCCUGGAUGUUAUUUGGCAAACCGCGCUGGGAAGCCUGGGGCCAUCUUACUGAACACCUUCAGGUGCGAGCAGCGGAUCAACGUGUGCUCGGCAUGUACGAUAAUACGUUUACCGUUGAGCGCGCACGUGAAUACCACGAGGCUACCUAUUCCAUCGGCAUGGGCGCGGCACGUCGAUUCCAUCGACAGGUCGAUUUGAGUGGACGCAAAAAAAUCAUGGACCUUGGCGGCGGCUCAGGCUGCUACUGCAUAGUGGGUGCACAACAGCACCCGGGCUUGAAAGCGGAGGUGCUUGAUCUACCGCCGGUUGUGGUUGUCACACGGGAGUAUUUACAGGAGAACGGCGUCGAUCAGGAUGUGAUCGCAACGGCCUGCGACUUUACCAGCGACCCACUGCCGCAAGACGCAGACGUGGCAAUCAUGGCAUCCAAUCUGCCCCAAUACAGCCGACCAAUCAUCGCCGAUGUUGUACAACGGGUUUACGACGCCCUGCUGCCCGGUGGUGAAUUCCAUCUGAUCGGAGAAAUGCUGGAUGCCGACGGGAGCGGACCGAUUGCCCCUGCACUUUGGGGGUUAUCUGAAGCCGUCAGCCACUCCACCGGCCUGGCACACUCAGUUUCAGACUGUUCAAACUACUUUUCUGCGGUCGGCUUUACCCAUAUCAAGGUUGCAGAGUUCAUACCGGGUACGCUGACGCGAGAUCGCUUCACCCAGAACACCCAGCACUUCAUCGCCAUCAAUGAGCUGGACCUUGCCAACACACAAACCCGGUGGUUCCUGCAGAAGUACCUGGGCUAA